GAAGAUGUGGAAACAGGAGUCCAUCUUGAUCCUGCUAUUAAGGAAGUUCAGUACAAUCCUACUUAUGAGACCAUGUUUGCACCUGAGUUUGGACCAGAAAACCCAUUUAGGACUCAGCAAAUGGCUGCACCUAGAAAUAUGCUUUCUGGUUAUGCAGAGCCAGCUCACAUCAAUGAUUUCAUGUUUGAGCAACAACGAAGGACAUUUGUCACCUAUGGUUAUGCAUUAGACCCCUCUAUAGACAACCCUGAAGUUGCUACCAAGUAUAUUGGCUCUGUAGAAGAAGCUGAAAAAAAUCAAGGUUUAACAGUGUUUGAAACGGGACAAAAGAAAAUUGAAAAAAGGAAGAAAUUCAAGGAGAAUGAUGCAUCUAACAUUGAUGGUUUCCUGGGACCGUGGGCAAAGUAUGUUGAUGAAAAAGAAGUAGCCAAACCUUCAGAAGAAGAACAGAAGGAGUUGGAUGAAAUAACAGCUAAGAGGCAGAAGAGAGGAAAACUAGAAGAUGAUAAACCUGGAGAGGAGAAGACUAUAUUACACGUUAAGGAAAUGUAUGACUAUCAGGGGAGAUCUUACCUUCAUGUUCCUCAAGAUGUUGGUGUUAAUCUCCGUUCUACAAUGCCACCUGAGAAAUGCUAUCUUCCAAAGAAGCAAAUCCAUGUAUGGUCUGGACAUACGAAGGGAGUCAGUGCAGUUAGGUUGUUUCCUCUGUCUGGGCAUAUGCUGCUGUCUUGCUCUAUGGAUUGCAAAAUUAAGCUGUGGGAAGUAUAUGGUGAUAGAAGAUGUCUACGGACGUUUAUUGGACAUGGGAAAGCCGUUCGCGACAUCUGUUUUAACAACGCUGGCACUCGAUUCCUUAGUGCUGCCUAUGACCGCUACAUUAAACUGUGGGACACUGAAACAGGACAGUGUAUUUCAAGAUUCACAAACAGGAAGGUCCCUUAUUGUGUCAAGUUCAAUCCUGAUGAAGAUAAACAAAAUCUCUUUGUUGCAGGAAUGUCAGAUAAGAAAAUUGUGCAAUGGGAUAUUCGGAGUGGUGAGAUUGUGCAGGAAUAUGACAGACAUUUGGGAGCUGUCAACACCAUUGUGUUUGUGGAUGAAAAUAGAAGAUUUGUGAGUACAUCCGAUGACAAAAGUUUAAGAGUCUGGGAGUGGUAAGUUAAAAAUACUAAAUCUUAGCGUAAAGUAUAUUAUGAACAAACUGAGAAGGCAGUGUAUUGUUAAAAGUGUAUGUAGCAGAUAGGAUGCUGAAGCAUACCAAGUUUAUAGCUAGCUGAGGAAGAGCUGAAUUCAAAUUUCUGCAAGUGUGUAUGUAGUUAGGUAGUAGCUAAUCUUUCACAAGAAUAUAGAACCAGAACAAUCUCAGAUACCCUUGUUGCUAAUUUCUGUUAAUUGCUGAAGUUGGGCAUAUCCUCUGCAAAUUUGUAUGUUCUGUCACUCAGUCUAGUAUGGGCCCUAGUUCUUGAAUACUGUUCUACUAUAAAACGAAUUCCACAAUCUACUUCCAGUGUCUUGGAAAUCAUUCUUAAUGUCUGACAGUGAAUUAUUGUCCCUGUGUUACUGACCUACAGCACUGCGGUAUUUGAAAACUAUUUUGAAAGUCAGCAAAGCGAAAUAUCUAUUUAGGAAAACCUCCUUUUAUUGAUGCAAAUUUUAUA